CUCUGACCGACACUGAGAACCUCCCGGUCCCCGUUCCUCUCCCAUUCCCGGAAACCGAUCCUGCUCCUCCUCGUUUGUCUAUGGGCGAAUCUCUCCGGCAACGGCGACCUCUCUUCCCCUGCGCCCCCCUCCUCCCCCGACGUUGCCACCCCGUUUUCCAUCGCUACCAGAUCGACGCCCAUCCUUUCAUCCUCUCGAGCCUCUGCAGAUCUACUCCGGGGGGCCGCCUUACCGACGGUUCUUCCUCGCCACGCUGAAGCCUGUCUACAUCCUAGAGGGUACAGGCAUUCCUGGUGAAGUUCAGUGAUUGAGAAUGGAAAAUGGAUUUCCUGGUGAGGUUCUCAAGGCUGUUUUCCCUCUACUGGAUGGUAAAGACUUGGUCUUUUGCAUGCUUGUAUGCCGCCAAUGGUGUGAAAUUGCAAAGGAUGAUUACUUCUGGAAAUGCAUCUGCUCACGGAAAUGGCCUUCCAUCUGCAAGCAGCCUCCUUCUGACACAAACUUCCAAAAGCUCUAUUUAACAUUCUCCAAGCCACGGAAGACAGUGCAUCUUCCUGUACCUAAGCUCACUUUCAAGGAUCUGGUGUUUUACAUUGACAUGUGGCUUGAGGGAUCAUUGAUCUUCUCUCAAGCAGUUUCAGGCUGCAUUCUUAGAGCAGGUCUACAGAACACACCCAGCGGAAUACCAGAUGUACUUGUUGCACACCUGAAUGCCGCAGACUGCAUUUUGAUGAUGGAAGUCGAACCCAAGCUGACAGUCCCUAUGGGGCCAUCCAUCACCGUGUCUGUUCUUGCUCACCGUAAGGACACCAACAAGAUGAGUUGCAUAAUUAAUACGUCAAGUUUUGAUUACAUUGACAGCAAUGCAGCACGAGCAUUGGCAUAUGAAUAUCUCAGGUUUUCGCCCAGACACCCUUUCAUAUCAGACAUCCGGGCGUGGAUGUCCUUGCUUUUCCUGUAUAAAGGAACAAACACUAUAGAGGUAUUUGGUAUUGAACUAGAUUUUUGUGAUGCGGCAAGGUCCGAGCCUGAGAUCUUGUGGCUCUUAGACAUGCUUGAUUGGAAAUAAAAGCUACCUUUUAGUUGUGAUUUGAGCCUUUGAGGCAUGUAAAGAAUGUUCAUGAUAUGUUGAUCAUCUCCUGUUGUAGUACUGAAAUAUAUAUGCUUUAAGAUGUUGGAAUAAAAUGGCGAUGUGCGCCCAUUGGUUUUUCAUA